AUGAGCAUUGAUUACUCUAAGUACUCGGAAGAUAUCUAUAAAGUCAAAGUUGUGGACAACCGGUUCUUGCUGGUGACACUGGAUCGGCCGAAACACGCCAACUCCAUUCCCACCAAGUACCAUGCCAAGCUCGACGCCCUCUGGACACAAUUUGAGAACGAUCCUCAGCUCCGUGUGGCCAUUAUUACUGGCAAGGGUAAAUUCUUUUGUGCUGGAGCUGACUUGAAAGGUGAGUUUAGGGGGAUUGGUGAUAUGCCUCUGGCGGCUGGGGCUCUGCCCCAGGCUCCGUGA